UGAAAAUGGACGACACAGAGGGUAACUCCUCGAUGGAUUCCAUUCGAAAUGGUCAAUCAAGUCCACUUCCACAGGUCACUCCACGCUUACCACAAAUCCCGAUGAUGAUGCGUGAGACACCACUUUCCACAAAACGUGAGCGCCAAGCAAUUACUCCACGUUUCCGUCGUCCAGCUCCGAAAAUGAUAAAAACUAUGCCACCAACAAGAAGCAUUUGGUCUGUUCGGAAGGAGUCGGUCCCACUUUUGGUCACUCCGCAGGGACCAAAACCACUGGAAUCGCCAAAGUACGAUCAUACAAAUGCUCAAUCAUUCUUUGAACAAGUAUUUCAAAUCGAUGAAAUCAUUGGAAGAGGCUCGUUCGGAGAAGUAUUCGCAGCCAGAUGCCGUGAGGAUUCCCAAUUGUAUGCUGUCAAAGUAUCGUUAGCUCCGAUCCGGCAACAUUCAAUUUCCAAGUACCGAGAAGCUGAGAGCCAUAUGAUCAUUCCACCGCAUAAGAAUCUUGUCAAGUUCUACAGAGCCUGGGAGGAAACUGGUCGAUUGUAUAUUCAAACAGAACUUUGCGAUCAAAGUCUUUUGAAAUAUUGUACAGAGAAACAUGCACUACCGGAGGACGAAAUUUGGAAUAUUUUCGUAGAUUUGCUCCAAGCUGUUCAUCAUUUGCACUCGAACGACAUGAUUCAUGAUGAUAUUAAACCGGAAAACAUUUUUCUUACAAAGGACAUGAUAUGCAAACUCGGAGAUUUUGGUUUGGUUAUUAACCUUAAAAAUCCAAAUGAUGUGAAAUCAGCGGAAGAAGGUGACUCGAAAUAUCUUGCUCCAGAAGUUUUGAACGGCCGUCCCACGAAAUCAUCAGACAUUUUCAGUCUAGGAAUGACAAUUCUUGAGGCUACUACUGAUCUUGACGUUCCAUCAAAUGGAGAUUCGUGGCAUCAAAUCAGAAAUGGACAGAUUCCUGAUAGAUUCUUCGCUGGAAUUUCUACAGAUCUUCGCAGUUUAAUUGCCUUGAUGCUUGACUCUGAUCCGAGGAUUCGUCCAACAAGUCGAGAUUUGCUUGAUCAUCCGGUAAUCAAGAAGAAGCUCAUGAAGCGUGGAACCUAUGUAAAAUGCAUUUCAAUUCUUAACGGCUUUUUCUACGCCUUCAGUGCUGUUCUUGUCUGGGUAAUGGCUUUCUUCUCGGUGCUCUUUCAUCCUAUUGUUCGCUUCCAUGCUGCAAUUAAAGACCGGCAAUCGGAAAUUUGUGCGCAAUUUGUCAAUAAUCAGCAGCACACUCCCAUCCAAACUCCAGAGACUUCUAAAGUUUAUUUGGAAUCUCUUACUGGAGUGGCUGUUCGCCAAGCAUCUCAAAUUGUGUCUCCUUUCGAUUUUUCCGAUGAUGAGAAUCCACCAAACGCGCAACGCCGUUUGUUCACUGGUGCAGUGCCGUGUCGCUUGAACUUUGAUAACGAUCAAGAUGACGAUGAGGAACAGGCGACUUGCUCAUCAUCAAACUCUUCAGCUAUUGAGCCCCAAUUGGAUGAACCGGAGAGUCCGCCGAGAAUGAACGAUGUUAUUGAUAAACUUGGAAAACGAGGAACUCCAAGAUCAGCUCGUCGUAAUCUCACUUUCAACCGUCAUCGUCAAGUAGCCGCGUCAGUUGCACCGAAAUCGUCGCUAAAUCAUUAUAAUCAUCACACUGGAUCUGGAGAUGGAUUUAGUAAUAACUCUCUAAUUCCAAUUAGUGAUCAAGAACGAACGGAAAAAUAUCUCCGAAUGCGACUCACCGAGCAACAGUUAGAUUGGGCAGAUCAGAAUAAUGUGAUCGACGAGGCUCCACCACCAAUGUCUUGUCCGCCAAGAAUCCGAAGAAGCAUUCGUGAUCUACCGAGAAUGCCUGUUCUCAACUUUAACGUUCUCGACGAGCCAUCGAAUAAACCGACUGUUGAUCAUCAUACGAUUUUGGAGCAAUCGGAAUCGCCACGUAGAAGAUUAAAUAGAGGGGCUAAGCCUGUGCCUCGUAAUAGAAUGAUGUCAUUUGGAUCAUCAGGCGACGAGGUUUAAUAAUGCACAAAAAUCAGAAAAAUUGUUGAAUAUUUAUUUUUUGCAUUUAUUAGCAUCUCGUACUUUUCUUACUUUUUCUCAUCCCAUCAUCACUUCCCCUAGGUUUUAUGCCUGUUUACAGUAGUCCUUCUCACUAGUUAUUGAUUGAUUUCUUUUCCCCCUUGACGACCAUCUCUUCACAAAUGUGUCAUUACUCGAAUUUUAUUUACUAUUUCUUCUGGGUGCUUAUUUUCUGGUAUUUUUGUACGUCUUUUUGUAAAAUCUUUCCCCCUCUCGACCAUAUCGCACUACCAUUAUCACACAGACACACAACUUGUCAUUAUGUCCUUCUUUUCUGAAAUUGAAGAUAAAACGUAUUUUAUCUG